AGUAGUCCUUGAGAAGGCGUUUUCGUCAGAGAAGCUUCAAUUACCAAAGGAGCAAUUAGACGAAAGCAGUCUUCCUUUUCCGAUUGCCUCAAACAUAUCCCUGCAACGGUACAAUUCUUUCGUUGAAAGCAAAGAGAUAAGCGGAUACAAGCUUGAUUACAAAAAGGGCACCGUAUAUAUAGUUGAAAUGACUUCGACUGAACAUGAAGCAGUUGUUGAGGCAGUUGGAUACUACUUCAGAACCCUUUAUCCUGGCGUGCCUAGUAAUGCUCCAAUACAAGUGCUCGGACAGCCAC